AUGUCGAUGCAAGAGGAACAUCCGUCAAUUGAGCAACGUGUUGUAAUCAAGUUUCUCGCCGCAGAAUGCGAAAAACCGGCUGAAAUCUUGAAGAGAUGGACUGCCCAGUUCGGGGAAGUGACACUGUUGCGAGCCAGAGUGUUUGCAUGGCAUAAACUGUUCAACAUCAGCGGUGUUCGACGGCUUAUUGAAGAUUACAGACGUCGUACUACUUCUGAAAUUGCAAGUGGGGUGGGGAUAAGUUAUGGGAGCACUUACUCCAUACUCACAGAGGAGCUAGGGUACCGUAAGGUGUGCGCUAGUUGGGUUCCUCGCCUUCUCACAGCUGACCAGAAACUGCAUCGUCUUCAGAUGUGUGGGCGUCUUCUUGCACGAUUUCAGGAACAUGGAGACCAAUUUCUCACUAACAUUAUCAGCUGCGAUGAAACAUGGAUGCAACACUACACCCCACAGUCUAAACAAGCGAGUAUGGAGUGGAGAAAACAUGGAGAACCUGGACCAGUGAAAGCCAAGUCACGUUUGUCGGCUGGCAAGGUUUUGGCUACCGUUAUUUUUGACCAGCGUGGAUUGCUGUAUCUCGAUUUUUUGCAUGAACGCAUGACAAUUAAUGCGGCCUACUACUGCGACGUUUUGAGGGAGGUCCGAUUAGCAUAUCGCCGCAAAAGACGAGACCUAUCGAUCAGAGAAGUGGUUCUUCUCCAUGACAAUGGUCGCCCCCAUACAGCAGCCUUGACUAGGGAAAAAUUGGAGCAACUGGG